UGGAAUGCAGGUAAUGCAGAUGCGCUUGGAAGUGAACUACUUGAAAGCUUAUUGAAGAUGGCUCCGACAAAAGAGGAGGAACGUAAGCUGAAUGAGUACAAAGAUGAUUCACCAGUCAAGCUUGGACCUGCCGAGAGAUUUCUUAAGGCAGUGCUUGAUGUACCCUUUGCAUUUAAAAGGGUCGAUGCAAUGCUUUACAUUGCUAAUUUUGAGUCUGAGGUUGAUUACCUUAAAAAGUCUUUUGAAACUUUAGAGUCUGCCUGUGAAGAAUUGAGAAACAGUAGGAUGUUCAUGAAGCUCCUAGAAGCGGUUCUCAAGACUGGGAACAGAAUGAAUGUUGGAACCAACCGUGGUGACGCUCAUGCCUUCAAGCUCGACACACUUCUCAAGCUUGCUGACGUCAAGGGAGCUGAUGGGAAAACCACACUCUUGCAUUUCGUUGUGCAAGAAAUCAUAAGGACCGAAGGUGCUCGUUUCUCCACUUCCAACGAUGCUCCAAGCUCCACUUUGAACGACGAUGCCAAAUGCAGGAAGCUUGGCCUUCAAGUUGUUUCUGGUCUCAGUUCAGAGCUCACCAACGUGAAGAAAGCUGCUGCCAUGGACUCCGACGUGCUCAGUAGUGAUGUCUCCAAGCUGUCUAAAGGAAUUAGCGACAUAAAGGAGGUUGUGAAACUAAACGAGACUACAGGAUUAGACGAAAGUAACCAAAAAUUCUCUGAAUCGAUGAACAGGUUCAUGAAAAUGGCUGAGGAAGAGAUUAUAAGAAUUCAAGCCCAAGAGAGCGUUGCUCUAUCACUAGUUAAGGAGAUCACCGAGUACUUCCAUGGAAACUCAGCCAAGGAAGAAGCUCAUCCCUUCAGAAUCUUCAUGGUGGUGAGAGACUUCCUUACGGUCCUUGAUCGGGUGUGCAAGGAAGUUGGUAUGAUAAAUGAACGGACAAUUGUUAGCUCUGCCCAUAAAUUUCCUGUUCCAGUGAAUCCAAUGCUGGCACAAGUUUUAGGUGUAACCCCAAAGCGACCGUACAGUUCAUCCGACGAUGAGAGCACAUAAAAAUGUACGUGUGGGCUCAAUUUCAGGAUCAGUUUUUCUAAGUUAGUAAGAACAUGUUAAAUGCCAGGUCUAUAUAUAUAUAAAUUUUGUCUUUUGCAUUUUUCUUCCCAACAUCUGUACUUGUACAAAAGUCCUUGUAAAAGAUUGAGUUCGUUCUAUAGAUAAUAUACAUAGAAGAUCUUCCUGAGUAU